AAAGAGAGGUGUUAGGAAAAAUGUCAUGGCUUCGCUUCGUAUCGAUACUGUUCUGUGCGAUCAUGCUUGUGAAGGCACGAGAAACUUGGCAGAAGCCGGGAUGCCAUAAAGUGGGACACACGCGUAAGAUAAGCAUCCCGGACUGUGUCGAGUUUACCAUUACCACCAAUGCCUGCCGUGGAUUCUGUGAAUCGUUUGCCGUACCCUCGGCACCUUUCGCGCUCGUUGGCCACAAACCACCGCAACCGGUUACCUCCGUCGGCCAGUGCUGCAACAUCAUGGAGACGGAAGAUGUACGGGUGCGUGUGCUGUGCGUUAACGGCAUCAGAAAUCUUACGUUCAAAUCGGCCACCAACUGUUCCUGCUACCACUGUAAAAAGGAUUAAUUAGGGCUGGAGCGGU